CGGAACAUAAACACUGGAAAACAAAGGGUCUAUAAGCCAUCAUUCGUCUGUUCACUUUUUCAGCCAUUGUUUUGUUUCAUUGUGUGUUUCUCUCCGUAUACUCAGAUGAGAAAUCCCCACGUUCCAUUCCUUUCCAUCAUAUUCUGCUACUGCUUCUGGAUACACCACAGUGUUUACUUCACUGGGGUAUCUGGCCAAAUUGUUGAGGAUCAACAACAAUCAUUGCUCAAACUAAAGAACAGCCUCGAAUUCGAGCAUGAAAAAUCUAGUAAACUUGUGUACUGGAAUUCAAGCAUAGAUUGCUGUGAGUGGCGGGGUGUAACCUGUGAUGAAGAGGGACACGUUAUUGGCCUUGACCUGAGUGGAGAAUCAAUCAAUGGAGGAUUUGACAAUUCAAGUAAUCUUUUCAGUCUGCAAAAUCUCCAGAUAUUGAAUUUGGCUGAUAAUAAAUUCAGUUCUGAGAUACCAUCUAGAUUCAACAAUUUGAAGAACUUAACAUAUCUGAAUUUAUCAAAUGCUGGCUUUAUGGGGCAAAUUCCAAUAGAGAUUUCUUCCCUGACAAGGUUGGUAACUCUAGAUAUCUCUUCUCUUGACUCCUAUUUAUAUGGGCAACCUCUGAAACUUGAAAACUUUGAUCUACAAAUGCUUGUUCAAAACCUCACCAUGAUUAGGCAAUUGUAUAUGGAUAGUGUAAUUGUAAAAGCUCAGGGAAAUGAAUGGUGCAAUGCUUUGUUGAAACUAGUUAGCCUGCAGGAGCUGAGCAUGUCAAACUGCAAUCUCUCCGGACCCCUUGAUCAUUCCCUGACAAGACUUGAGAAUCUAUCAAUCAUCCGCCUAGAUGAGAACAAUUUAUCAUCCCCAGUGUCAGAAACCUUUGCUAAUUUUCCAAAUUUAACAACUCUUCACCUUAGUAGUUGUAGAUUGACUGGAAAAUUUCCAAAGAAGAUCCUUCAGUUAGCAACAUUGUCUGAUAUAGACUUAUCAUUCAAUUAUGAUCUUUAUGGAUCUUUGCCUGAAUUCCCGCCGAAUGGUCCUUUUCAGACACUGAUUGUAAGUCACACAAGGUUCUCGGGAGUAUUACCAGCUUCUAUAAAUAAUCUUGGGCAGUUAUCCACAUUAGAUCUUUCUAAUUCCCAUUUUAACGGAACACUACCUAGUUCAAUGUCAAGACUCGGGGAACUCACUUAUCUGCUCUUGUCAUUUAAUAACUUCACUGGUCCAAUUCCGUCCUUGAAUAUGUCCAGGAAUCUCAUCCAUUUAGACCUUUCACAUAACGAUUUCACAGGUUCAAUCACUUCUGUUCACUUGGAAGGCCUAAGAGAACUGGUCCUGGUUGAUUUACAGGACAAUUUACUGAAUGGAAGUCUUCCUUCCUCUCUAUUUUCUUUGCCAUUGCUACGAAGUAUACAACUUUCCAACAACAGUUUAUCUGGUAGUAUUCCUCAAUUCUUGUGCAAUCAUUCAAGUCUGCUAGUACUGGAUGUUUCCUAUAAUCUCUUCAAUGGGACAAUUCCAGAGUGCUUAACACAGAGUGAGACACUCGUGGUAUUAAAUUUGCAACAUAACAAGUUCCAUGGCAGUAUUCCAGAUAAAUUUCCAGUAUCUUGUGCUCUGAAGACUCUGGAUUUCAAUAAUAAUCUAUUGAAAGGUACAAUUCCCAAAUCCCUUGCAAAUUGCACAUCAUUAGAGGUGUUGGAUCUUGGAAACAAUCAGGUAGAUGAUGGAUUUCCAGACUUCCUAAAUACAAUAUCCACACUUCGUGUCAUGGUUUUGAGGAGAAACAAAUUUCAUGGUCAAAUUCAAUGUACUACUAAAAGUACUUGGCAUAUGCUUCAAAUCGUUGAUCUGGCUUUCAACAAUUUCAAUGGUUUACUUCCUGGAAAUUGUUUCAAAACUUGGAAGGCAAUGAUGCUUGGUGAAUAUCAUGGUGGAACAAAGCUCAAUCACAUUGGAUCUCAGGUCCUUACAUUUGGUGGUAUAUAUUAUCAGGAUUCUGUGACACUUACAAUCAAAGGAUUACAGUUGGAGUUUGUUAAAGUCCUAAGUCUCAUAACAUCUGUUGACUUCUCAUCCAACAAUUUUCAUGGAACAAUACCAGAAGAGCUUAUGAAUUUUAAAAGAAUUAUUUUUCUCAACUUGUCACAUAAUGCUUUAGAAGGCCAAAUCCCUUCAUCUAUAGGGAAUUUAAAACAGAUUGAGUCAUUGGACCUGUCAAGCAACAAUCUUGAUGGAGAAAUUCCCACACAGCUUGAAAAUUUAAACUUCCUCUCAUACCUGAACCUUUCCUUUAAUCAUCUGGAGGGAAAAAUCCCUGUAGGUACACAGCUUCAAUCAUUUGAUGCAUCUUCCUUUGCUGGUAAUGUAGAAUUAUGUGGACCACCUUUGAUCAAAAACUGCAGUGGUGAAAUACAUGGGCUGCCAAUGUCACCACAUGGAAUUGGAUGGAACAUCCUGAGAGCCGAAUUGGGAUUUGUUUUGGGCCUUGGACUUGUUAUUGGUCCCCUUCUCUUUUGGAAGCAAUGGAGGCAACACUACUGGCAGCGUGUGGACUUCAUUCUGUGUUGUAUCUUCCCCCAGCUCAGCCUUGAAUACGAAACCCGGGGUGGACAUGGCUAUCAAGUUUUAAGGUGGAGGUAUUAGUCAUUAAGGAGUAGUCAAAUGCUAAUAGCAAGUUAGCCACACUUGCACCUAUGAGAAUGUCUUCUUCAACUUGCAUUUCUCUUUUACAUUGCAAUUUGCUUUCGGUGAUUUCAUAUUUCAUAUAAGUUAAGAAACAAAAUAAGAACAAAGUAUAGGGUAUAUUUGGAUAAUAUUAUCUGU